AUGAACAUCCACAGGCCCCUCUCCGAAGAUCGGAGAGGAUUCGACAACAAAAUUUUUGUCGGUUUGUUUCUAGAUGGCAAGCACUUCACGUGCCAACCCCCAAAGAGGAGGCGUGAGGAGGAAGAGGAUGCCCCUAGACCUCCCAAGAGAAGAUGUGUUGUAAAUGAACAUCCACAGGCCCCUCUCCGAAGAUCGGAGAGGAUUCGACAACAAAAUUUGGAGAUUGAAAGAGCAGAAGAGCAGAGACUUCAACUGCAGCAUCAGCAACAACGAGACAACAGACAGAGACAGAGAAGGCAACCAAUGAGGAUACAAGAAGAGAUAGAGGUAGAACGUGAACCUCCAGUCCUCCCACCACCACCCCCCGUUGAUAUUGUUGGUAAUGUGAUGUGGGGCCGGCUGGGGAAGCAGCCCUACUGGCCUGCAAUGUUGGCCGUCGAUGAGGAUGGCCUAUACUUCAAACAGCAACUGACUGAAAAUGGUGUCCUUAGGCGGCAGUUUUAUGUCGAAUGGUUGGCCGACGGGCGGCGGUCAUGGGUGGGGGCCACUUAUUUGGCCCCAUUCGAGCGCCCGGAAAAUCCCACCCCUGAGGGUCUCAGGAACACCCUUAGGGAGUGGGUCCUAACUCAUAGGAAAUCUAAGGAAUCGGUUAAAGCACUCAAAAUUCCCCGCAGACUGCAGGGGAAAAUUGACGCAGCAAUCGAGGAAGCACUGGAGUUACAGGACAAUUUCCAUUAAAUAGAUUAAAAGAGACAAAGGCUCGGGGGUUAAUGAAAAAUGUAAGGAGUUACUCAGCAGAGGAGGGCAGUGUCUGUAGGGUGAGUGACAAACAUCAAUUCAUUUCAUUUUAAUUGUUUAUUCAAUCCAUACUCAAAAUUAAAUUACUUCUGCUUAUUACACAGGUACACUAUAUAACCUCAUAAAUUUAUCCUAUUUUAAAUUCAUCCAUUAAUUUAUGUGAUUAUGAUGAUAAUGAUAAUUUUUUACUAAUUUAAAUUUCUAAAUUCAAUUUAUAAUUUAAUUAUAAUGAUUGACUAUGCUUGAUGGACAGACAGGGAGAUUGCAAACCUCACUUGACGAAAGUUUAAAUAAUAGUUUUUCAUUGUUAUCAAUUCAUGGUAUCAUAAAAUUAUUUUUUAUUGGUUCAAUGUAAUAGAAUUUCAGCCCUAUUUAUAGAAAUAAAAGAUAUUACUGAAGUCGUGCAUAACACGACUUGUCUUAGCUCAAUGCAUCAAUGGAUGGUGUAAUAAUAUUAAUAAAUAAGAAAGGAUUACAAGUCCCCAACAUUUUUAUUACUUAAACCCUUUUGUUUUGCAAAAGCAUUUUAAAUUUUAAUAAUAUAAAUAAAGAAAGGAUAAGAAGACCCCAACAUUUACAAUACCUCAUUGGCAUAAACUUUCGUCUGUCCGUUAUCUUCCCAUAUUCUGGAUCUUGGGGGAUUUCGAUUACAUUCGUCUCAGUUACCAGCCUAUCUGGAAAAUGUUAACAAUGUAUUGAGUAGGUGGAUAAUUAAUUAAUUUAGAAUUAUUGAAACUUGGUCCAACAUUGGAGGUUCAGCAUCAUUAGGCCUACAAUGUGAUUGAUUAACUAGAGCAGGAUUUUAUUUGUAGCUAAAUUGCAGUUUCAAGUCUUCAAACUCCAAAACUGUUUCAAGUGGAAAAUGAAAGCUCUGGUACAAUCUUGACCUUCGACCUUGACCACUGACCGACUGGCCACGACUUGACCUCGACUUAACCCUAAUUCUCCCCUCAAUAUUUAUUUUUCCAUCUUAUUAUAAAACUGUUCAUAUACGGUAUUCGACUAUUUGGGGAAAUUUUAUUUUUUUCACAGUAGAUAGUUUUAUCUUUUUAAAGGUCGAGAUUGUUUCAGAGCUCACAAUUUCUAUUUAUUAUAGAAUUUAACUGACAUUUUUCAUUUAUAUAAUUUAAUGUCAAUUCGUCCAAAAAAAUAAAUGUUGGCUUAAAUAUAGGGUUUAAUUAUCAGGAAUAUUUCAUAGACAGUUUUUAUAUAAUCAACCCAAGGAGGAUGAUUCGGCAACCAAAAUUUAUUUCUUUAAAUCAUGUCUAGUUGAAUUACCAUUGAGCAUUCCUGGGGCAGGUUUACUUAUUUCAGCUAAGUUUAUUUGAGUGACUGAUAAGUCUGUUUUUUUUUCAAAACAUCAGUCUUUUGAUGGCCAAGGCAGGGAAUUCUUUUUGAAGAAUGGAGGAGGGUUCAGAUGAAUUUCUGGUACAGUCAUUGUCUAUAAAUCCAUUGCUUUACACAGAUAAAACUGGAUUUUUUAGGGUACAGUAAAAUCUGUAUGUUGGUUGGAACAGACUGGUUCAUUCUUGACUUGUAAGUUAUUCUCUGGGAGGAAUUUCUACAGUUUGGUCGUUGCUGUAUUAUCAUGAUGAUUAUGAAGAUGGAGAAUUGAAUUCUCUGUGGUUUUUGGGUGAUUGGGUUUUUGUCUACGAGUUGUGGUAGAGGUAUAGUGUGACGAGAUAUAGUUGAAUGUGACGUAAGUAUCGGCUCCACACAUGUUGUGAGUCUGAGGCCUGAAGGCGGCCUUGAGGCGCCCGAGGCCGCCUUGAGUCAGAGGCCACAUGUGUGGGCCAGUUAAGGUAUUUGUAUUUGUUUUUGAAGGUAAGUAUUUGAAAAUGAAAAAUGAAUAAAUUUGUCCACCCCCCACACCAUGCCCAAAGACCCUCUAAAUACCUCAAAUUUAGUACAAUACCACCCGCUCUGAAUACCCCACAUUUAUACCCCCCCCCCUGAAUACCUCAAAUACAGUAUACCAACCCCCCAACACAAGAUUUUUUUUUAAUAAUUGAAAUGACACCGUUUGUUUAUUACUACCCCCCCCCCCCCCAACAAGGGAUCACCUAUUGUAAGUUGUUGACAAAAAUCUGAAUAUGUUGGUCAGUUGUUGGCUCAAGCUGUGGCGGUUGUUGGGAGGGUUUUGUUGUGGUUUUCUGAGUGGUUCAGAGGUUUUUACUAUGGUCAAGGUCAAUUCUCUUAGCUGUUGACCAAAGUCGACAAUGAACAGUUUGUUCCAACCAACAUACAAUGAAUAAUUUGAGAAUUCACUUACAAAUUCAGAUAACUCUAGGACUGCUAGCUCCCUGCUUCUUCCUUUUCAUAAAAAAAUGACUUGUAUUCCCUUCCAGGUUGCUCAAUGAUCCUAAUUCAACUAGGUACAUUAUUUCUGUAAUUUCCUAAUUAUUCCUCUUCAAUAAAUAGUACAGGUCUGAAAGUAAUUUACAUUAAUUUAUCCACCGCUCUAUACAGGCUCAAUACAUUUAUUGUCUCUUUGCUUCAUUUAAGAAGUUUAGAUACAUAUUUUUCAAAAAUCUUUUGUCUUCUAUACCAGCCAAUGACAUCCCCUAUAACCAAUUCUUUCAAGUCCUUGUGCACAUCGAUUUUUGGACGUACAAAGUUUUGGGUUUGCCAUCCUUAUAAAUUCUAUUAGAUUAGAAGAUGAUGUUUAUCAAGUUCCGUUCAAUCUAAUAGGAUUUAUAAGGACGGCAAAGAAUCGUAUGCAUAAAAUCGAUGUGUGUGUAGCUACUUUAACACAAUCCGAAAAGUACAAAAAUAAAACUGGGUUGAUAGAAUAAAAAAUCCUAAUUUGAUAAAUUUCACAUUAUAAGUCCUGACUAAGCUAUGUAUGAUAAUAGGACUUACACUUAUAUAUAGAUACUAAGAUAUAAAAAAACAAAUCUUUAGAAUUUUAAAAUCAUAAAAUAAAACAUUCUUUUAUCAGCUGCUUUUAAGACUACUUUUCCACCUAUGAAUAUGUAUAUAAAA